AUGCCGCCCAAAAAGUCCUCUACCCUGGCCAGCACGCCCGGCGGCCCUGCCACCCUAAAAAAAGCCGGUUCCGCCAGCGGCCAGAAGACCCUCCUCGGCUUCUUCUCUAAGACGCCUACUCCGUCCAGUGGUGCCACGCAGACCCUUCCCGAACGUUCCUCGCCGCGGAAGAAUCUCACCAACAAGUUCGCGGCCCCUGCACGCGGCUCGCAGCUUACGCCGCAGCCGUCUAGUGACACCAUCGGCCCCGGGGAUGAAGAGGACGGAGAAGAGGAAGUAGUGUCCGCGUCAGCGAAGGCGAGUCGCUCCUUCUCCGCCAAAGGUGGCCUGCCGUCUCCCGUCUCCGCUGACGAGGCGGUGCAGGGUCCGAGCAAUGGCGAAGCCAGUAAGGGACAGUUGACGCCGUCGAGGAAGGCGAAGAAAGCGGUGAAUUAUCUGGAGAGUGAUAGUGAAGGAGACGACGAUGACGAUGUCUUCAAGCCCGUCCCGAAGAAUCGGGCUGGGCUGAACGGGAAGGGCAAGGGGCGAAAGGAACCACCACGCAAGAAGAGGAAGGUUAGUGAAAGCGGGGACGAGGAUGUGUAUGAGCAUGCUGGGACGGAGGAUGAUGUCAGCGAUAUCGAUGACUUCGUGGUACCGGACGAUUCGGACGACGACGUCAAGCCUGCGAAGAGGAAGAAAUCGACCAAGCCACCGCUCAAGAAGCUGUCGCGAGAGACCUCGACUCAUUUCAGUACGCCGGAUCGCGCUGAGGAAGAAGAGAAUAUUAUGGACGUUGAUUUACCAGAGCAGUCAACUGCUACACAAUGGGCGUACGACCCUGAGAACCCGCAACCCCUGCAAGCACGCCCUGUCAACGUUCCAUCGAAGAAGCCAGGUGCAGGUGGCAAGAAGAAGGCACAUCAGUCCGAGCCAGAGGAGAGAUAUGCAUGGCUCGCAGAGAUCCAGGACAUUGAUAGAAACAAGCCCACUGACCCUGACUACGAUCCACGCACACUCUACAUCCCACCAAAUGCCUGGCGAAACUUCUCGCCUUUCGAAACCCAGUACUGGGAGAUCAAACAGAAGUUCUGGGACACCAUUGUCUUCUUCAAGAAGGGGAAGUUCUACGAGCUUUAUGAGAAGGAUGCCACAAUCGGACAUCAGCUUUUCGACCUGAAACUCACUGAUCGCGUCAACAUGCGCAUGGUGGGUGUUCCAGAGGCCAGCCUUGACCAUUGGGCGGCACAAUUCGUGGCCAAAGGCUUCAAAAUUGCAAGAGUUGACCAGAAAGAGACCGCCCUGGGUAAGGAGAUGCGAGAGCGUGAUGACAAGAAGACCAAGAACGACAAAGUCAUCAGGCGUGAGUUGGCUUGUGUCUUAACCGCUGGCACGCUGGUCGAUGGAACCAUGUUGCAGGACGACAUGUCAACAUAUUGUGUGGCCAUCAAAGAAUCAGAGUUCGACGAUAAGCCAGCUUUUGGUGUUUCAUUCACUGAUACUGCGACUGGUCAGUUCCACAUCUCUCAGUUUGUGGAUGAUUCCGACCUGACCAAGUUUGAAACCUUUGUGGCUCAGAUUCGACCCAAGGAGCUUCUGCUCGAGAAAGGAGGCGUAUCGGUCAAGACACUGCGGAUACUGAAGAACAACACUUCCCCUACCACGAUCUGGAACUACCUAAAGCCAGGAAAGGAAUUCUGGGAAGGCCACAUCACCGUGAAAGAAAUUGAAGCUUCAGACUACUUUCCCAAUGGGUGGCCAGAGGUCCUCCAGGAGGCUAGGGAGAAUGAGCUGUUGAUGUCUUCCCUUGGCGCUCUGAUCCAGUACCUGCGAACGCUGAAGAUCGAGCAGGAUCUAAUCACUAUUGGCAACUUUACUGCUUACGAUCCUAUUCGCAAAGCAUCAAGCUUGGUACUAGAUGGUCAGACGCUCAUCAACCUGGAGGUCUUCAACAACUCGUUUGACGGUGGUGUUGACGGCACACUCUUUCAAUUGCUGAAUAGGUGUAUCACCCCAUUUGGUAAGCGGAUGUUCAAGCAAUGGGUCUGUCACCCGCUCGUGGACAUCACGAAGAUCAACGCUCGACUGGAUGCUGUCGAUUCGCUUAAUGCCGACCCUAAGGUUAGAGACCGCUUCACCUCCCAGAUGACGAAGAUGCCGGAUCUCGAACGUCUCAUCUCUCGGGUACACGCAAAAACUUGCAAGCCCAUGGACUUCGUGCGUGUCUUGGACGGGUUUGAGCAGAUUGACCACACCAUGUCACUCCUAAAGGACAGCUCAGGCACUUCUCACGACACUGAAGGAGUGAUUGGCAAGCUCAUCGCCGCUAUGCCUGACCUUGGGUCUCGUCUCGAAUAUUGGUCAUCUGCUUUCGACCGCAAGAAAGCUAGAGAACAUGGCCUGAUUAUUCCGGAAACAGGCAUUGAAGAAGACUUUGAUGAAUCUCAAGACCACAUCGAAAAGCUUGAGAAGCAGCUACAAGCUCUUUUGGAGAAAACCAGAAAGGAGCUCGGUUCCAAAGGUGUUCAGUACAAGGACAUCGGGAAGGAGAUCUACCAGAUGGAGGUUCCCGCCAAAGUCAAGGUUCCUGCCAGCUGGAAUCAAAUGUCUGCAACGCAGGCCGUCAAACGGUACUACUUUCCAGAGCUGAAGAAUCUCGUAAGGAAACUCGAGGAAGCUCGAGAGACACAUACGCAGAUCGUCAGCGCGGUCAACGGCCGUUUCUUUGAGCGCUUUGAUGAGCACUACGAGAUCUGGCUUGCAGCAACUCGCAUCAUUGCGCAGCUCGACUGCCUUAUCUCCCUCGCAAAAGCAUCUCAGAGCUUGGGCACCCCAUCUUGCCGGCCAACCUUUGUUGAUGAAGACCGCUCUGUUAUUGAGCUGGUCGAUCUCCGUCACCCCUGCCUGAUUGACAAUGUCAACGACUUCAUUCCGAAUGACGUUGUUUUGGGCGGCGCGAACCCCAACCUCACGCUGCUCACGGGUGCAAACGCGGCUGGCAAAUCCACGGUACUGCGCAUGACCUGCGUCGCGAUUAUUAUGGCACAAGUUGGCUGCUAUCUCCCCUGUUCAUCAGCGACUCUGACACCUACCGACCGGAUAAUGUCUCGUCUCGGUGCUCAGGAUCAUAUUUUCGCCAACCAGUCUACCUUCUUCGUCGAACUCGCCGAAACCAAGAAGAUCCUGACUGAAGCCACGUCACGAUCUCUUGUCAUUCUGGACGAACUUGGGCGCGGAACUAGCUCCCACGAUGGCGUGGCCGUCGCUCAGGCAGUUCUGCACCACCUCGCCAGUCAGGUCGGAUGCCUCGGUUUUUUCGCCACUCACUAUCAUUCUCUUGCCGCGGAAUUUGCUUACAGCAGAGAAGUAGCGAAGAAGCGCAUGGGGAUUCUGGUCGAUGAAGAAGAGAAGCGUGUUACUUUCUUAUACAAACUUGAGGAAGGUGUCAGUGAGGGUUCAUUUGGCAUGCAUUGUGCCGGUAUGUGUGGGAUACCGAGACGAGUGAUUGCGCGAGCAGAGGAGACGGCGGAGGCUUGGGAGACAACAAGCCGUGUGGGGCAGAAGUUGAAGGGAAAGCUGAUGGGCAGUGGUGAAGAGGUGGUUGGAGAAGUGCCGUUGGGUGUCGUGAGUGAUGUGGCGUGGAUUUUGAACCAGAAAGAGGACCAGGCUGGAGAGGACGAGAGGAUGCUGGAGGGACUGUUGGCUGCCGUGGCGAGGCUGUGA